AUGUCGCCAUUGUUGAAGGACUUCCUCAACAAACGCAUCGUGGUGGUCACCACGGAAGGCCAAUGCGUUUGUGCUACUCUGGAAGGAUUUGAUAAGAGCACAAACUUGCUUCUUUCCGAAGCACAAGACCGAAUUAGUGGAAGUCACUUAGCAAGUUCUUACAUGGUUCGUGGUAGCCAAAUAGUUUGUUGUGGACUAUUAGAAGAUGGAGCGGCAGCCCUCGGUUCAGAAGAAACGGGAGCGGGUGUAACUGCUCUCAAAGAUACUAGGAAUAUCGUGGAAGACGAACAUCUUGUCUGGAAGCGAGUGUGGGCCAGCAGGAAGCAAUGA